CAACAUUAAGGUUGAACAACAUGGACGGCGCGGAGGCUCUUUGCAGGAUUUGUUUGCUGCAUCCCAAAACUGAGACGCUUAUGGCCACAGAAUCGAAUUUCUUCGCACAAAUUAAACAAUGCACAGGCGUGAUGUUGACACAAGAUGAUCGAAUGCCAAAUAAAAUAUGCACUAGCUGCGCCUUGCUGCUCCGAGCAGCUUUGAAGCUGCGUAGUAUGUGCCAGCAGGCAGAGGAGCAAUUGCAAAAAGUGAAACACGAACAGGCACAGCAGCAACUGGAGACGGACAGUGGGAGUGAAACUCCAACGCACUUCAUCGAUUCGUAUGAAGUGACACUAGAAACAGCCAGCGUUACAGGCAGUCAGGACAGCACAGAUGUCAUAACAAUAAAACCUGCAACACCAGCGCGAUCAACAAUCAAAGCAUACAGACCCAUCCGUCGUAAUCGGACUAUCGCCGGAGUGCCACCUACAUGUUACCCAGAGGCUACCAAACCUCUGGGUGUUACUUAUGUAUGUAAUAUCUGCAACAAUGUAUACACGGAAAAAGUGAAGCUAACAACGCAUCUGAAGCUACACAGCGUGCACAAACCACACGAGUGCGAAAUCUGCCACAAGCGUUUUCGUCAGACACCACAGCUGGCACGUCACAUGAAUUCUCACACUGGUCUACGUCCAUACAAAUGCGAUUAUUGUGAUGCUUCUUUUGCGGAUCCUUCCACGCGCAUCAAACAUCAACGCAUACAUACUAAUGAAAGACCAUAUAAGUGCAAAUACUGCCCGAAGUCCUUUGCCUAUUCCAAUGUAUUGAAUGUACAUCUUAAAACACAUACGGGGGAACGACCUUUCAGCUGCCAAUACUGCGCUAGACGAUUUUCCCAGGCACAUCAUAAGAACACACAUGAACGUUCGCACAGAGCGAACAAAGAACUGGACAUUGCAGUCAUUACAAUGGAAGAAGAGUAAUUGCCAUUUGGGUUAGAAUUUAAACACGCACUUUUUAGUACAAUGUUAAAAUAAGAGUAUAGGUCCUAUUUACAAUUACAACCAAUAAAUACAUGUAAAUUAUAAUACCCUAUACCUCUAUAUAUUAAAAA